CAGCACCCCACUCCCGGUCCCGGAGGCUGGGGGGCGGGAUAUGGCUCCGCGCUCCCCGCCAGCGCCGGGGACCGUCCGUCGUUAGAGGACGGUCAGAACCCAGAGAUCGUUUAUGUGUCGAGUUGUGGCUGUUACUGACGUCGUUUGCUGCGUGCGUGCGAAGCUCCUGCCCUUCGAAGUCCCGUUGUCAGCAUAUCGUCCGGUGCCUGCCUACGUUACUCCCUUCGCAGGGUGGAGGCCUUAACCCAGUGGUCCUCGAGAUUUCCUGGAACUCUAAACUAUACAUUGAUACAGGGUUUUGCCGACGGUGACGACCUCCCCACGAGAACACGCCCAGCGCCUGGUGCAUGAGCCCCAACUUCUACUUCGUGAACGUGAAGUGCCCCGGGUGCUACAAAAUCACCACAGUGUUCAGCCACGCUCAGACGGUGGUGGUGUGCGUGGGCUGCACCACCGGCCUGUGCCAGCCGACCGGAGGAAAAGCAAGGCUCACGGAAGGAUGCUCCUUCGGACGGAAGCAGCACUAAAAGCACCCUGAAUCAAUAUGAGUGGGAAACUAUACCAAUAAGCAGAUUUUGGAUCCAAAAAAACUCAAAACUGUACAUUGUUACAGUCUGGGUGGACUCUGACCCCGAGUGCUCCUUUCUUUCGUAACCUAAAGCUCAUAACUGGUCCUUCCUGCCGGCUGGCCUUGCGGUACCCUGGCUGUCCCUGGCUGUGGUUUAGCGUCCCCUUCCCUUCACAGGCCAGAGUGGCGAAAUGCUGACGGUAUUCCAGAGGUGCUUCGAUGUAUUAAUCGUGGCGAAAGACAUCCCGGGAUGCGGAGUACUGAUCUUCAUUAUUGGAUGGCCCUUUUACCAGUACCUUGAGUACGACAAUGGCUUCUCAGCUUCGGAUCCGCCGAAAUCGAGGUGAGUAGCUUCAGGGGCCCUGGUGCGGAAAGCUUCAUUUGCCCAGGGAUCUGGGAAGGGGGCUUUCGCUUUCCGUAUCUUUCUGGCUCACUCCACUUCUUUAGUGUAAGAGUCUGGGACAGUUCUGAAAACAGUCACUAAAUCUAAAUAUCCCUGGGUGUGGGCCCUGGCGCCUGAGUAGGAAGAAUGAGAUGCGAUUGGGAAGGAGUCUGUGGCUAGACUGAAUGUGGAAAAUCUAGGAUAUCUGUGCACGCCAGGCUUAGAAGUCCCCAGUGAGUUCUCUGGGCAGCUCCUUCAGGGGUCAGGCUUCUGCCAGAUCUUUUUUGUGGAUAUACUAGAUACCCUAGGCCAGCGGAUUUCAAAACGUAGUGCAUCGUCCCUCCUGCAGAGGCCGAGUCACCUGGAACUUGUAAAAAAUGCAAA